AUGUCAGAUUGGCUUUACUUACCAAUCACCAUCCAUUAUGUCAAUACAAUGCUGGUCAAUGCCACCAGUGGGACAUUCAUUUACAACACUUUUACCGGGGCUUACAACAUCAUUACAAUCAGCUCUAUUUCCACUCCAAGUUCAUAUUCUUACAGCUUUACAACAAGUGAUUUGGUCAAAUCUUCAUCAAUAGGGUGGUUACCGUUAGUAUUAGAAGGUGAAAGACCUAUCAAUCAGCAUAGCAAUGAUUUGGGCUUCAGCUCAUUUUUAAAUGAUCGUUUAUACAGUGAUGGUUUUGAAUUCAUACCUGCUGGAACAAAUAACUUAGCGGUAUUGAUGUUUGGUUUGGGAUCUACAUUAGAAGGGUUUUUCUCCUUAAUAAAUUUUGCAAAGAUGAUUCCAUUUAAGCCUAUUUCAGCGAAAGCUGUAUCUGUUCCUUCAAAAUUUGUGAUAAGCUGCUGUCCGUUCAGUUUGACUAAUGUUGCUGUCUUCAUUGACUAUAAAGCUCGUGGAAGCAUAAACUAUAAAAUUAAUGAAUCAGGUUAUCUUAGUGACUGUCGAUACCUUGACAAUAUUAUGGGAGGUUUUGUGACCUUGGAGGAAAAUCACACAGACAGAAUUGAAAGAUCAUUAGGUCUAAUAGCUGGUUACCUUAAAAAGAACAAUGGUGAUGGUAAUUUAACUGCCAUAAUAUCUUGGGAUGCUAUAAUGAGUCUGAUUGACUGUCCACUUUUUGGGGAGCUUGAAACAACCUCCAAAGAAGCCAUAAACCCCUCUGAUACUGCAUCCAAGAAGAAAAAUAAUUUAUUCAAGUCAAUUGUUAGAAUUUCAGUAGAGACUCAUGAUGAUCAAAGCUUUUGGGGAAGUGGUGUUGUUAUAUCAAAAGAUUGCAUCAUCACUAAUGAGCAUGUUAUGAAACUUGAUAAGAUGAGAAGUUUCACAAUCACCGUACCUGGAUACUCAAAGGCGAAGAUCACACAAGAUAAUGUAAUUAUAUCAAAGUGUCCAGUUAAAGGAUAUGAUUUAUGCUUUCUUUGGGUGAAUUUUGAAUGUAAAAUACUUAAGCCAGUUAAGAGAUGCAUUAGUUUUGGCUCACAAAAUAAGUCUUUAAGACCAGGUGCUUAUGUUCAGUCUUUAGGAUACGGUUUGUUUUAUUUGAAAGGUAAAUCAGAGGUUCGUCCAGUUCAGUCAGAAGGCCAUUUUAAUAAAUUGGUUCCCUCAGAUAUAGGGUUCGGUAGACAAGAGAUUGCUUUGAUUAUUGCAUCAGCCGGAUGCUGGAAUGGAUCUUCUGGUGGUGGUAUUUUCAAUGCUGAUGGUGAAUUAGUGGGAAUUAUGACUUCAAAUGGUAAAUUAUCAGAUGGUGAGAUUAUAUCAGACUUCACGUUAGUCAUACCGAUCACUGUUAUUGAAAAAUGCAUUUUCAUGUUGAAUAAUAAUUAUCAAAUAGAUGCUACAGAAAAGAUUAAAGACCUUUGGCACUUGAAGAACAAUCACACACCUUACAUGAUCACCCCGGCUGGCUUACGGAACUCCAAACUAUAA